UAUAUAUAUAUAUAUAAUCUUGUGUGUGUGGUCACAGGUGCGUCUCCUGUGUUUGGCCACUCAGCAUGGUGAUCUGCAGAGUGUGUGUUACCUCCUGAAAGAUGCCCGUAUCGCUGUGCCCCUUGAGCCAUCCAACAGCAACCCAGCCAUCCUGGCAGCAUACUACGGCCACGCCAGCCUGGUCAAAGAGCUGCUGGAUUCCAUACCUGGUCCAUGUCUGAGGAGAGACUUGCUGAACUGGAUGCUGGCUACCUCUUGCCAGCAGGGUCACCUGGACGUGGUCCGGCUGCUGGUCCACGGCUACGAAGCUGAUGCCAAGGACUGUGCCAUCCACAGCGACGAGUUUGCUGUCAUCACUGGGCUGCCACUGUACGCUGCUGCACAAGCAGGUAAUGAGGAGAUAGCUCGCUUCCUGCUGAAGAACGGAGCAGGAUUCUCCUCAUACACCCUGAUGGACCAUCCGGCCUUCAGCAAACACCUCCUCAGACUCAAACUACAGGAAACCUCCAACGCAGAAGGAGAGGAGGUCUGUGGUCUGGAAACAAAGGGGUUACUGAAAAUGUGUUUCUGAACCGAUCAGAGCAGAGCACCAUCGUUAAUCAGGAUUCAUAGUUAACAAUAGAUCUCUUAGAUCUCUUGUGCCAUUAGCUUUCAAACAUCACAGAAGUUUAAAUUUGAAUUGUGUUUAGAGCAUACAACAUAUAUAGGAAGUGAUGUCACCCAAUGUCAGCGGUGUAUAAAGUACCCAAAAGCCAUACUUGAGUAAAAGUA